AUGCACCUCCCAUCCCCCACAUACACCUUCUCCAUCCCGUCUCUCCACGACGGCACCCGUCUCGACUGUCGCCUGUAUCUCCCGCCCGACCUACAAUCCUCAUCCUCAUCCUCAGCAGCAGCGGUGUGCGGGGCGGUGGUCGCGCACCCCUACGCGCCCCUCGGGGGGUGCUACGAUGACCCCGUCGUGGGGUUUGUGGGAGGGGAGGUGCUGCGCGCGGGGUGUGUGGUGGGGACGUUUAAUUUUCGUGGUGCGGGUGGCUCGGACGGAAGGACCAGCUGGACGGCCAGACCCGAGUUGGCGGAUUAUGUCUCCUUCUACGCGUUUCUGCUGCUGUAUUUGCAUUUUGUGAGGGGGAGGUUACUGGCGAGGGGGGGAGAUGACUCUGGGAGCAGUACUGUCGAUGUUGAUGCUGAGGUUCCUGGCCUUCGCAUCAUCCUGGGCGGGUAUUCGUACGGCUCGAUGAUCGCGUCGCAUCUCCCCCGGCUGGAUGCCAUGGCGGAUCUGGUGCGGGACGGCUCCCCAGAGACUCCCAUCCACGAGAUCUACCAGAUUGCAGAGAAGCUGUCGCUGUGUCUGACUCCCACCCCGUCGCCUGCGUAUCGCCCGGCCACCAGGGAGGAACUGAGACACGCCGCGGACCGCAUCGCCGGAGCGGCCGUGUCGUAUCUUCUGGUGUCCCCGCUUCUGCCCCCGAUCAACCUGUUUCUGACGCUGUUCUCCCGGUUAUCGCCCCCGCCCGCCGACCAGCUGCGCGCGCAUGAGACGCUGGCUAUCUUUGGCGACCAGGACAUGUUCACGGCGGCCAGUAGAUUGGGGGCGUGGUCAGCCGAACUGGCGCAUGGCCCGGGCAGUAGAUUCCGGGCGGUUGCGGUCGCGGGCGCGGGGCAUUUCUGGCGAGAAGAGGGGGUCGAGUCUCGGGCGCGGGAGUCCAUCCGGGACUGGCUGCGUCAGAUGUCGUGA